GUGAAAGACAUGAGGUAGCAUACAGCUUGCUUCUUCCUUCGUUUAUAUCGACAUCCUUUUUCUUAACAGACAUUUCAAUUCUCGCAACAAUGGCUAUUCCCUCUAUCCGAAGGGACAAUGUACUGCGGAUGUGGCCCAUUGUGCAUUCUAUCUCUGCCAGCCUGAAAAUUCUCACUACAGAUUGGCUUUGGAUGAUCGGGCCUCUUUCUUGGGGCAUUCACUCACUCUAUGGACUGUUGUACCAAAUGGACCAACAGGUAUCUUCGCCCUAUAUAUCUUCUUACUAUGACAACUUCUGUGCGACAUUCCAAAGAUUUUGCACCGACUUACAAGGCUUGGCCUUUGAAAAUUGUGCUUCCCUCGAUAUCUAUUGUACUAAUGAUAAGCAACUGAGCACGUUAACGUUGGAGACUGCCCGAGUCGUGUGGCCCUCCCUGGAGAUGUUGAAAUCUCAUGUUUUCGGUCUUAUAUGUCAUUCUUACCAAGGUCACAGAGAGUGCCGAGCUUUAGAUGAUAGCUUGGCUGAAAGUACCGUGGAUCCUCAACUGUUGCAGAAGUCUGUCCCUAGCAAUGAUUCUGCAGACAUCGAGAACAAAAUUUCUGCAGAGACAUGGACAAAGUUACCUGAUGUUAGCUUUAGUCGUGAGGAAUUCCGGAUCAUAAUCUCAUAUUGGGUUGAUUGGAUUAACCAUCAAAGGAGUCGGCCAAUGGUAAGAGGGAAGCCGGAAUUUUGGCCAGAAAGUGUACGGUAUACCCGAUCUAGUAAAUUAAAAAAGGAAGAAGCAAAACUUAUAUUCAAUCACUUUCUUCAAUCUCAGCCCUUAGAGGGUCUGCGAUCGAUUCUGAAUAUCGAAUCACGCAGAAUAUCAAAUGAUCUCGCGAAAAAGUUGACCGGCUUCAUUAAUUCGCAAGAGUUCGAGAUGCUUGACUCUCAACGGAAGAUGUCUGAGGAUACUCUGGAUAGGGCUUAGUAUGCUGGUUACGGAAUAUUUCUUUGUAUCAACCAGUUCUAUAAAAACUGUCACCUGCUCGUACUUUUGCCGGAUGGUAUACUGUACUUAGUGUAGUCUAGAUUCAGAAUACUUGGGAUCGGAAGGCUGGUAUGAUUCGUCUUCAAAGAAAACCUUGGUUCAGCG